AUGGUCUUGCAUCCCAGUGAAGACAGCAGAGGUGUUGACACCAUGACUGGAGAUCCCACCAAUGAUGGCCACACAAGUAACCACCCAUCUAAAUCAAAGAGAAUCAAGACACUCUCAUGCCAAAGAUGCCGGGCCAAGAAGUCCAAGUGUGACAAUAGCCUGCCUUGUGCUUCAUGUGUCAGAGAGGGAGUGGAGUGUGUUCGAAUCACCAGUGAUAAGCGGAAGGAACGAUACAAGAACGACUACACUGAAAAGCUCCAGAGUAGGGUGGAUACUUUGGAGAAGACUCUUGCUUCCGUUCGCCAUAUCAUCGACGGAGCAAGAACGCCGUCCAUUUCCACUUUUGGGUCGCCUGUAGACUCUCUCACGACCGAUGAUCUGGCCUUGAACAUGCGUGGAGUCUCUCACAAUUCAACCAACAAUGAGAGCCCUCGAAAUUCCCAGAACAUGUCCGUGUACGGACCCACCAGUGUGUUUGAGCACCAUUUGGUCGAUGGAGUGCGUAACGAGACCCAUAUUGAGGAGAUUUUAAGACUCCAGAAAGACCCUCAUGUCGUUCAGUCAAUUAAGCUUUUCUUUCGGUGGCAGUACCCAGACCUUUACUCUUUUGUAGUUCGGGAAGCAUUCCUUAUUGAGUUUUUCACACCAAUUGCUCGGCCCGUCUACUGCUCUACGGAAUUGGUGUUGGCAAUUUGUGCGUUGGGGUCGAGAAUGUCUACGGACCCGCUUCUAUCUGAGAAAUCCAUGCAAUAUUAUUCGGAAGCAAAAGCAUUAGUGCUUAGGAGAAUGGACAAGGCUGAAAUUUCGACCAUGCAAGCAUUUUUGUUACUUGCAUUCUUCGACAUAAGUAAUGGCAAUAACACUUCAGGCUGGAUGCUCUCUGGCUGCGGCAUGCGAAUGGGGUUUGAUUUAGGAUUCCAACUUGAUCCUAAAAUAUGGUUCUUGAAGUCGAGCGGCACUCUCAGCGAAUUGAGCAAGAGUAUUCGCUCCAGAAUAUAUUGGGGUUGUUAUUUUGCCGACCACUUCAUCAGUUUGGUGCUCGGCCGUCCUUCUAUUCUAAAGCUUGCUGAUUCUACUGUCCCAGAGACCCAGACAUUACCUGAUUACGAUUGGAUUACAGAGUAUACAUACUUGAGUCCUGGAGCAGACCCCAAAGAUAAGAGGAAUAUCAUAGACAUAUCUGCUCCUCUCAGACAACUAGUCCGGCUUCUCAAUCUUUGUUCAGAUAUCCUCAACGAUAUUUUCACUAAAGGAGGAGACGAGACGUUCAAUUUAUCGGAGAAAGUCAAAAAGGUUCAACAUUAUAACCAGACCAUCAUAUUGUGGAGGAAAAAUCUACCCGAGGACCUACAAUGGAGCAGGAUCUCCUUGAGCAUUCAUGGUGAUAAUCCCACCAAGAUGUUCAUUCGUUAUUUCUACUAUAUCUUCCUACUUUGCUUGAACCGGCCUUUUUUAGAUGCUGCCAGUGGUGGAGCUGCGUCCGAGAUGGAAUCUCCAUCACUAGCAAUUUGUAUGGAGGUGAUCGAUGAUAUCCAAGUUGGAGUAUCUCGCUUCCAGUCAGUGCAUGGGCUUGGCCGACUGUCAAUUCUUCUCGUUUACUGUUGCAUUCUUUCAGUGUCGGUGCUACUCAUUGCGAACGUUAACAAGCCUGUCGAUGUCGAUUGUAAGAAAAGGCUUGAGUUCCACUUAACAGCGUUGCAUCAAUGCUCCAGCAUUUGGUUAUUAGCACAGAAGGCUUUAGGGCUCGUGCGCAAUCAACUUGAACAAUUGUUCCAUGUCCAAUCAGAGAUUGUCGGUGAUGUCGUUGAAUUGCACGUUCCCGAAAGUCCAUCAAACUCCUAUGCUCCAGUGGAAGGAAAUGCAACUCCAAUGAAGCAGGAAGAUCAGGCGCAAGGAUUUUCGGGUGACUUGACACCAUUUGAUAAUUUCGAUGUAUUCGGAGGUCCACCGCUAUUGAUGAAUGCAGACAUGAUCAACCAAGAGUACGGAACAUUAUUUUCUGACUUCUUAAUUAAAAUUGAUCUGCAAACGCAGGCCCAUCCAUGA